GGCAGUGGUGCGCAGCAGCACACGAACCUACUAAAACGGUAAAACCUACCAUUCUUCUCUCCCAUUAUCUCCUCUCUUGCAUCAAACCAGAACGUCUUGUUACACUUCUCACUAAGAGCAGCCAUGCAUAGGCCAGUGAUGCCACCUCCGGGGCAUUCUCCUCAGAGAUGGAAAGAAAGUUGGGGACGGUUAAUUGCCUGUUUGACAAUAUGGAUAUGUGGCAUUUUCAGUGAGUCUGCGAUAUGGGUAUUUCGGGGAUUCUCGUAUGGUGCUUGGACCUAGCUCAUCAAGGUUGAUGAAGGCAAGUUCUGUAUUUGUAGACCAUGUUGAAGUGAGAGAUGAAGAUAAGAAAGGGGUUCUUUUAUAUGGGUUCUACGAGAAGCCUGAGUUAAGCUUCGAAACGAAUUGGAGCGUAGCGGAUUACAUGAUUGUUUCAUCUUACAGUCGAAAGGGAUUUUCCUUGUGGUUGAACAAGGGUUCUAAGAUCCGAAUGAGAUGGGAAGCCCGAACCAGUAUUUUAAAUCAACUUCAAGUGGUGAUGAUAAAAGGAGAACGAAAGUAUGAAACAUUGCUUCCAAAACAGACGAGUUCCCCUGAUGCCCUCAACCUCAGCGAACCUCUGAAUGGUAAAGAAGCUGAAUACACGAUCGAGGAGGACAACAGGUACUAUCUUGGUCUGAUAAACACCAAUCCUAAGAAUAUCAUAACGACAUUGAGUGUAAAUGUCACAUCCAAGAUGUAUGAGCUAUCAAAAGCUAGGAACAUGUGUUCAACGACGCAGGGAUCUUGCCGGCUUAAACUUCUGUUUCCCAAAACUCAAUACGUUGUGGUGACAACUCCUGAUAAUGGAGAUAUAAAUGGAUGGAAUAUCGAGGUAGCUUUUGUGGCUCGUGCAAUAAUUUACGUCGCGAUUUUAGGAGCUAUCGUCAUCAUUAUUUUCCUGAUAUUGAAAUAUCUUGGCGCUUGUGAUACUGAGAGUACUAACCUAGUAGAAACAGCUACAUGGCAAGCCUCUGAACCUUCUGAAACCGAACCUAUAAUGCCAGCUAAGUCGGUUCGUUUAACAUACGGAACAAAUGAAGAAGAUGAUGAAGGAUCAUCGUGUAGCUCUUCAGAGGAUUUGUAUGAUGCAAAAUUAUGUGUAAUUUGUUAUGAUGAUCAACGGAACUGUUUUUUCGUUCCUUGUGGCCAUUGUGCCACAUGCUAUGACUGUGCUCAGAGGAUAAUGGAGGAGGACAACAAGAUGUGUCCAAUAUGUAGAAGGCUUAUUCACAAAGUAAGAAGAUUAUUUACUUCUUAGAGGAUAACUACGAACCCUUGUGCGACUCCCCUUGCAAGGAAUUUUGUGUUGGUGAAAAGAUUACUACCUUGUUGUACUUGGGUGUAGCUGCUCUAUGUGUGGUCCAUGAAUCUUUUUUUCAUUCUCGGAUCAAGCUAUCUGGAAUUUUCAAUUUCGAGUUUCAUGGGUUCCUGGUUAUCUUAUAAGCAUUCUAGUGAGCUGAAUCCCUUCUUUAGAAAUUAUUAUUCAAGGGAGUAUUUUACCUCUGUAUGCUUUCCUCUAGGGGAAGUCUGUGAAUUAGUCAAAAUGGAAGCCAUUUCAAUAUUAGUUUCAGCUGCCCGAGAGUUGUAUGGAGAUCUUGUUCGGUUGCUAGAUGUAAUAACAAUUUUUGGCGUCUGAUACUGCAUCUUGCAACGCAAA